GUCACCUUCUAAGCUAACAAUCUUCGCAUCUAUAUACCUUAUCUAAAACAAUUUCCUUUUAUCUUCUCUCAACAAUGGAGUCUGCACAAACAGCACGUCGCAACACCAUUGAGCUUGAAACCAUCCGAUCAAACACCAUUCAUCAAGAUAACCAGCAGCAUCAAGACGCUCAAGAGAAAGAAAAUGACGACUUCGACUACACGAAACGAGCUCAGUGGCUGCGAGCCGCUGUCCUAGGGGCCAACGAUGGACUUAUUACCACCGCCUCGCUUAUGAUGGGAGUUGGUGCGGUGAAGCAGGAUGUCAAGGCCAUGAUACUCACUGGUUUCGCAGGCCUCGUAGCCGCCGCAUGCAGCAUGGCUAUCGGUGAGUUCGUGUCGGUGCAAUCCCAGGUCGAUAUCGAGGUUGCUCAGAGGAAAAGAGAGAAGCAGGAAGAUAAGGAGGAUGAAAAGGAGAGUUUGCCAAGCCCUACACAAGCAGCAUUUGCGUCAGCUCUAGCAGUUGCAGUGGGAGCCAUGGUGCCGCUGCUUGCCGCAUUGUGUGUAAAGGAUUAUAAGGUUAGGCUUGGGGUGGUUCCGGCAGCGGUGACGAUGGCUUUGGUGGUGUUUGGAUGGCUAGGAGCGUAUCUAGGUAAAGCACCGAUUUUAAGGUCUUCUUUAAGGGUUUUGUUGGGUGGUUGGUUUGCUAUGGCUAUUACCUUUGGCCUCACCAAGUUGAUUGGUUCACAUGGGCUCUAAGCUGUAUCAUUAAUGUCUCUAUCCUUUUUCAAACUCAUGUAUGCAAGGGUUACUCAAUUAAGAAUAAAAUGAAUAAAGGUUUAGGACAUAUGUAAUGCUAUUUUUUUUUGUUUUUACGGUAAGUACAAGCAAGUAGGAACCAACAAGAGAAUUACACUAUCCUCCCUUGUCUUGCCUUAAUAGUUAGGACAUGCAGUAUCGGAUUUAACGUGGGUUUAGUGGGUUCAACUGAAACCCAUGAUGGAUCCACAAAAUACUGAAAUUUACAGCGAAAAGAAAAAUCACUUAUUAGAAAAGGCGUCCAAAUUAAUUCAUUGGUAUGCAGUUAGCUCAGCGGUGAAAUCCGCGUGAAACUUGAGUCUUUGGUAGCGGGAUCAAAUCUCAAUAAGGGGCCUUUGCUAUUCUUUUAGUUUUUGUUCCUUCCGUUUGUUUUUUUUCUACCAUGGUUUAUAAUUAUAUUUGCUUUUUCUUUUGAUCCUCUAAUUUCUAGUUUUCCUUAUAUAUGCAUAAAUAUUCUCCUCCCACCAAGUACGUG